AUCUGCACCGCUCUCUCGCAAUCUGAAGAGGUUUCUCGAACCAUCUAUUUGGGUUCUACAUAUGCGACUCUGAAAUCACAUUGCAAGGCUUUUUCUCUAUAUUUCCGCUGUCUUCGUUAACAAGCGUAGAAGAAGAAGAUCCCUUUUUGUCUAGGGUCGUCGGUAAUAGCAGUAAUGGCUGAAGAUGGACCCAACUGGGAAGGAUUGCUCAAAUGGAGCCUCGCUCACACCGACGGUACUCGCCCCACUCGCAAUCUAAGUGAGGAGGAUCGAAGAUGGUUCAUGGAAGCUAUGCAAGCACAGAGUGUUGAUGUGAUUAAGCGCAUGAAAGAGAUAACUCUGGUUAUGCAGACUCCUGAGCAAGUCUUGGAGGCUCAAGGAGUCUCUCCGGGUGAUAUUGAAGGUAUGUUGGAUGAGCUGCAAGAGCACGUCGAGUCUAUCGACAUGGCCAACGACCUUCACUCAAUUGGUGGUUUGGUUCCUCUUCUCGGUUACCUGAAAAACCCCCAUGCAAACAUUCGAGCAAAGGCUGCGGAUGUUGUAACAACUAUUGUCCAGAACAAUCCCCACAGUCAACAACUAGUCAUGGAAGCAAAUGGUUUAGAACCCCUCCUUUCUAAUUUUUCUUCAGAUCCUGAUGUGACUGUUCAAACCAAAGCACUUGGAGCAAUAUCUUCUUUAAUCCGGCACAACAAACCAGGAAUCACAGCAUUCCGUCUGGCAAAUGGUUAUGCAGCCUUGAGAGAUGCUUUAGGUUCCGAGAGUGUAAGAUUUCAAAGGAAAGCCCUCAAUUUGAUCCAGUACCUACUACAUGAAAAUAGUUCAGACUGCAACCUAGUCAGCGAGCUAGGAUUUCCUCGCAUAAUGAUGCACCUUGCCUCAAGUGAAGAUGCAGAGGUACGAGAGGCUGCCCUUCGGGGCCUUCUCGAGCUUGCUCGAGACAAGACAAAGGGGGACGAUGGCAGAGUAGGUGAAGAAGAUGAGAAAUUGAAGCAACUUCUCCAAGAACGGAUCAAUGGUAUUAGCUUGAUGUCACCUGAAGAUCUUGGGGCUGCUCAGGAGGAGAGGCAGCUUCUAGACUCCCUGUGGAAUACCUGUUACAAUGAGCCAUCUUCUUUGCGAGAGAAGGGGCUUCUUGUUCUUCCUGGGGAAGAUGCACCCCCGCCUGAUGUUGCCAGCAAUCAUUUUGAACCUCCUCUUAGAGCUUGGGCUGCAAACCCUUCUGCUGAUAAGAGUCCCGGUCCUGAAAAGAAAGCGGCUCCUUUGCUUUUAGGACCAGGUCCUCCUGAGACUUCAGACAGUCGGAAUAAUUAAGGUUGAGGAGAGGAUUCCAAUGGACAGUUGAAUAGGUAAAGCUAGAAAAGAUGCGAAUGGACAGUGAAUAGAUAGAACUGGUAUGUGGUUCAAUUAGCUUUUAGCUUUGCUGCGUGGGAGUUUUUGUUAUCCCCUGUUGCAUCUGUACAUUUCGCUUUUCCUCGCAUCUACCUCCUGGCUUGUCUGCACCUCUUGGAUUUAGGGAAGGUUGCCAUAAUUUUCACUUGCUUUGGCCUUAAUUUGAUAUUAUAUCUUUCUGUUUGAAGUCCAGUAUCCUGAAAUUAUGUGACGGAUAAGGAUCGGAUUUGGUUGUUGCUUAACAGUUUGUGGCAAAUAUGGUUGAUGAUGUUUUUAACAUCUAGUAUUUUUCAA